AUGGCAGACACAAAGGAAUCGAUCCAUGAGACAAGUCUCAAAGAGACGGUAUCUGAAGUGGAAUUCGAUCCGGCGGCGGAGAAAGCUCUCCUACGGAAAGUCGAUCUCUGGGUUGUCCCAGUCCUUUUCAUCCUGUUCUUGCUGUCGUUCAUUGACCGGAUCAAUAUCGGGAAUGCACGUCUCCAAGGUCUAGAGAAGGAUCUGAACAUGAAAAAUCAUGAUUACAAUGUCGCUCUUUUCAUCUUUUUCAUUCCAUACAUCCUUCUUGAAGUGCCUAGCAAUCUUGUCAUCAAGAGGAUUUCGCCGUCUACCUGGCUCGCCGGCAUCAUUGCAGCAUGGGGUGUCGUGACUAUUGGCCAGGGGUUUACCCAAAACUUUGCCGGCUUAGUAGUCUGUCGCUUCCUCCUGGGAGCUCUUGAGGCGGGUUUCCUUCCAGGAUGCGUGUAUUUGAUCUCCAUGUAUUAUCAACGACACGAACUUCAGACGAGAAUCAACAUUUUCUUCUCUGCUAGUAUCAUUGCUGGUGCUGUCAGCGGUCUCCUGGCGUACGCAAUUGCGAAUAUGGACGGCGUCAACGGAUACAGCUCAUGGCGUUGGUUGUUUAUCCUUGAGGGAAUUGUCACCGUCGUCGUUGCCCUGGCGUCCUGGUUUAUCAUUCCUAGUUGGCCAGAGACUGCCGGGUUCCUCAAUGAGGAUGAAAGAAAACUUUUGGUCGCCCGGUUGGCUGCUGAUAAUAAGGGAGCGACAAUGGAUCGGCUGGAUAAGAAAGCAAUCAGACGCUGCGUGCUCGACGUCAAAGUUUAUCUCGGAAUCCUCAUGUAUUUUGGGAUUGUCAACACGGGCUACGCGACAUCAUUCUUCACGCCGACGAUUCUGAACCAGCUGGGAUGGACCGCUAUCCGAGCGCAAGUCAUGACUAUCCCCGUUUUUGUCACGGCAACAGUCGUCACCGUCACCUGUGCCGUUUUCUCCGACCGAUUGCGCCAUCGUUAUGCGUUUACGAUGCUUGGAUGCUGCAUCGCAACUGUCGGCUACGUGAUCUUGCUCUGCCAGCGGGAAGUCUCGGUGGGAGUUCGAUAUUUUGCCGUCUUCAUGGUCACAUGCGGAGGAUUCAUUGCUCAGCCUGUGGUCAUGGCCUGGGUCAGUAACAACAUGGGCGGCCACUACAAGCGGUCUUUUGCAUCCUCGAUGCAAAUUGGAUUCGGCAACAGCGGUGGUCUGGUCGCGAGUAACGUGUUCAUCAAUUCCGAGAAGCCGUACUAUUCCACUGGUCACGGCACCAGCUUGGGCCUGGUGUGGAUCUGCGCGCUGUCUUGCACGGCGUUCUUCUUGUGGUGCCGCAGGGAGAACAAGAUCCGUGAUGCUGGCGGGCGCGAUCAUCGGUACUCGCUGCCGGAGGACGAGUUGACCAAUUUAGGCGAUGACCAUCCCAGCUUCAGAUUUACGUAUUAG